UCUGCAGGGGCGACAAUGGCGGGGCUGCGGGUGGGGAUGGCGGCGCUCGUCGCGGCCGGACGGCGUGAGCGGCGAUGGCCGCAGCCGCUGAUGCGGAGCGCAGCGCUGUGGACCCUGAAGUAUGUUCCACACUACUCAAGACAGCACUUAAUGGUGACCCGUAGUUUCUGUUCAGCAGGAUAUGAUUCUAAUGAAAAAACUUUUGAUAAAAUUCUUAUUGCUAAUAGAGGAGAAAUUGCAUGUAGGGUUAUUAAAACUUGUAAGAAGAUGGGCAUUAAGACGGUCGCCAUCCACAGUGAUGUUGAUGCUAGUUCUGUUCAUGUGAAAAUGGCGGACGAGGCUGUCUGUGUUGGCCCGGCUCCCACCAGUAAAAGCUACCUCAACAUGGAUGCCAUCAUGGAAGCCAUUAAGAAAACCAGGGCCCAAGCUGUACAUCCAGGUUACGGAUUCCUUUCAGAAAACAAAGAAUUUGCCAAAUGUCUGGCAGCAGAAGAUGUGGUUUUCAUUGGACCUGACACACAUGCUAUUCACGCCAUGGGUGACAAGAUUGAAAGCAAAUUAUUAGCUAAGAAAGCAAAGGUUAACACAAUCCCUGGCUUUGAUGGAGUAGUCAAGGAUGCAGAUGAAGCUGUCAGAAUUGCAAGGGAAAUUGGCUACCCUAUCAUGAUCAAGGCCUCAGCAGGUGGUGGUGGGAAAGGCAUGCGAAUCGCCUGGGAUGAUGAAGAGACCAGGGAUGGUUUUAGAUUUUCGUCUCAAGAAGCUGCUUCUAGUUUUGGUGAUGAUAGGCUACUAAUAGAAAAAUUUAUUGAUAACCCUCGUCAUAUAGAAAUCCAGGUUUUAGGUGACAAGCAUGGGAAUGCUUUGUGGCUCAAUGAAAGAGAGUGCUCAAUUCAGCGAAGAAAUCAGAAAGUGGUGGAGGAAGCACCAAGCAUUUUUCUGGAUUCUAAGACCCGAAGAGCAAUGGGAGAACAAGCUGUAGCUCUUGCCAAAGCAGUAAAGUAUUCCUCUGCUGGAACUGUAGAAUUCCUUGUGGAUUCUAAGAAGAAUUUUUAUUUCUUGGAAAUGAAUACGAGACUCCAGGUUGAGCAUCCUGUCACAGAAUGUAUUACCGGCCUGGACCUAGUCCAAGAAAUGAUCCGUGUUGCCAAGGGUUACCCUCUCAGGCACAGACAAGCUGAUAUUCCCAUCAAUGGCUGGGCAGUUGAAUGUCGGGUUUAUGCUGAGGACCCCUACAAGUCUUUUGGUUUACCAUCCAUUGGGAGAUUGUCUCAGUACCAAGAACCGAUACAUCUACCUGGUGUCCGGGUUGACAGUGGUAUCCAGCCAGGAAGUGAUAUUAGCAUCUAUUAUGAUCCAAUGAUUUCAAAACUGAUCACAUAUGGUUCUGAUAGAACUGAAGCACUGAAGAGAAUGGAAGAUGCACUGGAUAACUAUGUUAUACGAGGUGUUACACAUAAUAUUGCGUUACUCCGAGAGGUGAUAAUCAACUCACGCUUCAUAGAAGGAGACAUCAACACUAAAUUUCUUUCUGAUGUAUAUCCUGAUGGCUUUAAAGGACACAAGUUAACAGAGAAUGAGAGAAACCAGUUAUUGGCAAUAGCAUCAUCAUUGUUUGUGGCAUUCCAAUUAAGAGCACAACAUUUUCAAGAACAUGAAAAUUCAAGAGUGCCUAUUAUUAAACCACAAGUGGCUAACUGGGAGCUCUCAAUAAAAUUGCAUGAUGAAGUUCAUACUGUCAUAGCGUCAAACAGUGGGCCAACAACGUUCUCUGUGGAAGUUGAUGGGUCGAAACUAAAUGUGACCAGCACGUGGAACCUGGCUUCCCCCUUAUUGUCUGUCAGUGUCGAUGGCACUCAGAGGACGAUACAGUGUCUUUCUCGAGAAGCGGGUGGAAACAUGAGCAUUCAGUUUCUUGGUACAGUGUACCAGGUGCAUAUCUUAACCAAACUAGCUGCAGAACUGAACAGAUAUAUGCUGGAAAAAAUGGCUGAGGACACAAGCAGCAUUCUGCGCUCCCCGAUGCCUGGCGUGGUGGUGGCCAUCUCUGUCAAGCCUGGAGACAUGGUAGCAGAAGGUCAGGAAAUUUGUGUGAUUGAAGCCAUGAAAAUGCAGAACAGUAUGACAGCUGGGAAAACUGGCAAGGUGAAAUCAGUGCAUUGUAAAGCUGGAGACACAGUUGGAGAAGGAGAUCUGCUCGUGGAACUGGAAUGAAGUAUUUAUAGCCUUUCAGUCAUCACCCAAUUUAAUUAGCCAUUUGUAUUAUUAUUAUUUCACACUCAAUUUAUUCAAGCGUUUUGCAGGAACACCCCUGUGCAGCAGAUUUUACAUGGUCAUAUUUAUUCCACAUAUAGUCAAAACCAACAUUCUGCCAAAAAAUCACCAAUGGAAAUUUUUAUUGAUAUAAAUACUUGUACAUAUGAUUUGUACUUCUGCUGUGAGAUUUCCUAGUGUCAAAAUUAAAUCAAUAAAGCUGAGCAUUUGUCUAAAUAUUA